AGAGUGGUCGCAAACGGCAAACAUCAAAUAAACGAAACAUUCAAAGGAUUGAACAGUUUGCCGCUUGGACUGUCCUUACAGGAGUUUUGGUCUGAAAUUGUCAAAUUUACUUUUAACUGACUCCACUAAAAUGACGGAUAUUACGGGAAAAUAUCAGCUAACCUCCAGUGAAAAGUUUGAUGAUUACCUGAAAGCUGUCGGUGUUGGCUUUGCCCUGCGAAAACUUGCUACCCUGGUGGAGUCAGCGACCAUCGAUAUCACCAAAGAUAACGAUGUCUACACGAUGAAAACGACAACUACGGUCAAGAACCACGAGGUCAAGUUCAAGCUGGGCGAGCAGUUCACGGAACAUACAAUGGAUGGGCGUGAUGUUGCGUGCACAUUUAGUUUGGAUGGCAAUAAGCUGCACCAGGUGCAACGUGACCCGAAAACUAACUUGGAAACUACUGCUGAACGUGAAUUCACUGGAGAUGAACUGAUUACGACUUUGCGCGCCGGAGACGUUACUAGUGUGCGCAAAUACAAGAAAGUGGUACCGUAAUAAGGAAUUUGAUCGAGCGUGUGUUCCGCUGAUCUGUGCCGGUUGUGUUGGAUUACAGCUGUGAUGGAACUGCAAGACUUCCCAAUCGAUUUAAUCUUCCAAAAAUACUUGAUGUUUUCUUUGUUAUUAUUGUGAAGCUGUAAUGGUUUUCAUAAUGCUUUGGAUGUUUGGUCUUAACGCAUUUUUGUUGAUUUGAUCCUGUCUCACCAUUUCAUCCGUACCCGGUCUAAACCUUUACGCCGGUUUUGUUUAAUUGUUUUAAUUUGCGUGUGUUGUUCUUAUUGGGUUAGGUAAUAAAUAUUACACGUUA